GGAAUGGUACUGUUUACAGACACCGCUAAAGACUAUUGUAACUCCUUGGAGGACAAAACCAGGGAUGUUAAAAUGCCAAAACUUUUGUUUUCAAAGAUUCGUUUCUACGAAAUAAAGGAUCUGAUGCAAAAUGUGAAGCGACCAAGGAGAAUUGAUAUUGUUCUUAAUCGAAAAAGGCAUAAGAAGGACAUCCAGUGCCUCAUGGUACAAAAAAUAAAUGAUGACCAACAUUCUUCAAAACUCAGUUGGCCGACUAAACUCCACCCAACUCUGGAAAAGUUGCUACAGGAUAAAAAAUAUUUAGCAGCAUUCCACGCAUUCCUGCAGUCUGAGUUCAGUGAAGAAAACAUUGAGUUCUGGCUCGCAUGUGAAGACUACAAGUCGACCACCUCACCGGAUGAUUUUCGCUGGAAAGCUGAGGAGAUCUACCAGGAGUUCAUCCAGCCUACAGCCUGCAGAGAGAUCAAUGUUGACCACCACAUUAGAGAGAAGAUUAAGAAGUCUCUGGAGGAGCCGAGCCUCUCCUGCUUUGAAGAGGCCCAGAAACAUGUUUACAUGCUGAUGGAGAGAGACUCUUGCCCCAGAUUCCUGCAGUCAGAUGCCUACCUGAGUCUCAACCACAAAUCCAAGACUCUUUGGUACAUUUAGCCGAGAAACAAGGUCAUCAAAACACUGCAUCAAUGCCGCUUCUUUUCUAAUUCUCACU